CAAACUGCAAGAAGACAAAAACUGAAAACUCUACCGGCGUCGCGAGCGUGCUCUCCCCCACUUCCGUCCCACUCCCUCGCCUUGCCUCGCCAUCUCCGCGCCGCGGCCGUCCGUACCUCGCCGCGCGUCGGCCCAGAUCCCUGCGGCGAGUGGCCCCAUGGACCGUCUCCGGGCGGGGAGCCCCGUCUACGGACGGCAGCGGAGCGGCAGCAGUACGGGCUCCUCCUCCCCUGGCGGUGUCUCCCCCUCCCACCACCGCUCCUCCUCCACCUCCUCUGCCGCCUCCGCAGCGGGCGCCGGCAUCUCCAACGUGCGUCGCACUCAGAACGUGGCCGCGCGAGCCGCGGCUGCAAGGCUCGCGCAGGUCAUGGCCUCGCAGAACGCAGCCGCGGCCGCCGGCGACGACGACGACGAGGAUGACUACGCCACCGACCACCCGCCACCGCCCCCAGCGAGAUUCGGAGGAAGCCGGCCGGCGCACGGAAGCAACGGCGUCUCCCUGCUCGGCCGCACCGCGAGAUCUCCCUCUCCUGCGUUAGGUCGGAACAUAGUAGAACCACCUCCUACUGUCCGCUCAACAUCGGCAGGGAGGCCAGCUGUUGCGUCGCGGCCGACCACCACAGUGGUGCCACCAAUCAAAACGAACACUACAUUGCGAACUCCGUCCCCUAUUCCACCUGUGGCUGUGGAGCUUCCAGUGAAUCGCACUCGGCAGAAAAGGUUUGAUCCAGGGCAUCUCAGCUCUAGAGAAUCAGGUCUAAAAAGAGAGGCAUCCACACUUCAAGAUGAGCUUGACAUGCUACAAGAGGAGAAUGAGAGUGUUCUGGAAAAGUUACGACUUGCUGAAGAAAGAUGUGAUGAAGCGGAAGCUAGAGCCAAGAAUCUUGAGAAACAGGUAGCUGCUCUUGGAGAAGGAGUAUCGUUAGAAGCUCGCCUCUUGAGCAGGAAGGAGGCAGCACUUAAACAGAGGGAGGCUGCACUAAAAGCUGCUAGGGAAUCAAAGGAUGGCAAAGAUGGGGAAGUAACAACACUAAAGCAAGAACUUGAAUCUGCCAAAGAAGAGGUUGCAUCAGCAAUUGACCAGCUAAAAGAAGCAGAAUCCGAAACAAAGGCUCUCCGGUCCAUGACUCAGAGAAUGGUCUUAACCCAAGAAGAAAUGGAGGAGGUUGUCUUAAAGAGGUGCUGGCUUGCACGUUAUUGGGGCUUGGCAGUUCAAUAUGGAGUGUAUCCCGAGAUUGCGGUAUCAAAACAUGAGCAUUGGUCAUCAUUAGCUCCUCUUCCUCUCGAGGUUGUUCUCUCUGCUAGUCAAAAGGCUAAGGAGGAACCUCGUAUACAAGGUGAGGAUAAUGCUCAGAGGAGAAAUAAGCUUGUGCGAGAAAUGAGUGACAUAAUGGGAGAAGGCAAUAUAGAGAGCAUGCUUUCAGUUGAAAUGGGGCUUAGAGAGCUUUCAUCAUUGAAGGUGGAAGAUGCUGUUGUAGUUGCACUAGGCCAACAUCGCAGACCUAGCAUAGUUCGGCAGUUCACAUCAGAUUUUAAAUCACCUGGUGAACCUAAAUACUUGGAGGCAUUCGACCUUAGUCCAGAAGAGGCGGAGGAUGUUAGCUUUAAGCAGGCAUGGCUUAUAUACUUCUGGAGAAGAGCCAAAACUCAUGGUGUUGAAGAAGAUAUUGCUGAUGACCGGCUUCAGUUUUGGAUUGGUCGCAGCGCGCAAGCUCCAAAUUCGCAUGACGCUAUAGAUGUGGAGAGAGGUCUAACAGAGCUCAGGAAAUUGGGCAUAGAGCAACAACUGUGGGAGGGUUCGCGAGCAGAUAUAGAUCAAGCUUCUUUGGCAAUGGAUAAUCAUUAGGCAUUCGUCAUGGUUGUUUAUGCUUCGCGUAUCAUACCAAUUUUGGAAGAAAAAAAAAAUGGCAACUUUGGUUCCCAGCAGGUCUCGGGCCCUUGCAUCACCAGAUCACAGAAUAGUUCUUCAAUCUUUGGGUGUUCAGCAAUGGUCCUGUCCAAAUUCCAACGAGCUUGUGUGGUGCAUGUGCGAGUCAUUUACCUGUUGUUAAAAUAGCUUUGUGAAAUGUGUAAUAGUUUUGACUUGGCAAGACAAAACAACGACGACCUCACUUCCAGUAAUUGUGAAUUUUGUGAUUA